AUGGCAAGUCAAGCGAUUGCUGUUGCUCCUGCAGCUGCGCCUGUUCCGCACACACAGCGACGUCGUCGGCAUCGUCGCACUCGACUUUGUGGGCGCAAGACAGAUACGCCUCAUGUUCGAUUGUCCAAGACAUUGGCGUACGCUCUGCGUCAUGGAGCCGAAGAGCUCGAGCUGGACAUGCGACCGUCGGGGUUCGUGCCUCUGGCUCAAGUGCUCGCGCUGCCACUGUUCCAGUCGUUCAACGAGCAACAAGUUCAGCAAGUGGUGCAGACUGACGCAAAGAAGCGCUUUUCCUUGACGACAAGCGAAGCGGAAGUCGGGACGCUCUUCAUCCGUGCGAAUCAGGGGCACACACUGCAACUGGUGCAAGACGAGGAGCUCUUGAGACCGUUGGAUGACCCACGAGACGUUGCAACGUGCGUCCACGGGACGUACCUCAAGUUCUGGGACAGCAUCUGGACGUCGGGACUGUCCAAGAUGCAGAGGAACCACAUCCACUUUGCCGAGACCAACGGCCUCUGCGACGACACAGUAGUUAGUGGCAUGCGCGCGAGCUGCAACUUGUUCGUGUACAUUGACUUUGCCAUGGCCGUGGAGGAAGGGAUCAAGUUUUACAAGUCGAGCAACAACGUCGUGUUGAGUCCUGGUAAGGACGACACGGGAGUGAUUGAUCGACGAUACUUUCUGCGAGCAGUGAAGAGAGACGGCACGGUCGUGUAUGAGAGAGAAGAGAGAGGCGAGGAAAGUGAGUGA